AUGCUUUCUAGACGUUUUUUUGCCACAGCAGUUAAAGAGGUCACUCACGUAUCUGAUGUUGUCAUUGUUGGUGGAGGACCAGCUGGUUUGACCAUGGCGGCUGCCAUUAAGAGCUCCCACAUACUAAAGGACCUUCAAUGUACUCUUGUUGAGAGUUCAGAUAUGUGCAGAUCGUUACAGGAUUAUUGUGACGAUCCUCCAGAACGCAUUUUGAAUCGUUGUGUUAGUAUUACACCAGCCACGGUUGAACAUAUGAAGCAAUUGGCUGCCUGGAAGUUUGUCAGACCAGACCGAAUCCAGAAUUACGACUAUAUCCGUACUUAUGAUGGACUUACUAAUGCUUCUAUGGACUUUGAUUCACCCAAUCUUGCCACUAUGAUUGAAAACUCUAACAUUCAGUCAUCGUUGUACCAGAGAAUUCUCGAAUUGAACAGUGAACAGCCUUUAAACCAGCUUGUUCUAAAGGAUAACACUAAAGUAACCGGCAUUACAAGAGAUUCAAAGACUAAUUGGCCUAUUGUUAAGUUGUCCAAUGGAGAUACCAUUAAAACAAGGCUUCUUAUUGGUUGUGACGGUGGUAGAUCACCGGUUAGAAAGUUUGCAGGUAUCGAAAGUCGUGGCUGGGCAUACAAUACCUGGGGUAUAGUUGGUACUUUGAAGUACAAGAAUACAGGGUUCCGUUCUCCUACUGGCUGGCAAAGAUUUUUACCAACGGGACCAUUAGCACAGCUUCCCUUACCGGAUAGCUGGCUCAGCAUUGUCUGGAGUGUUCCUCCUGAGCUCGCCAUGAUUCUUAUGAGUCUCUCGGACAAGUCCUUUAUAUCUAUUUUGAACGCUGCAUCACGAUUAUCUCAAGAUGAGUUGAACUAUCUCUAUAAGAUAGCACGAGAUGAGCCUGAAAAGUUGCAGGAUGAAGUAAACUGGCGAUUGCAGGUCUUCAACAACAAGUUGACUGCUGACCAGGAGGAAAAGUAUCCAUUGGAAGUGGAUUACAUUGUUCCCAAGUCACGUGGUCGGUUCCCAUUAAAAUUAAGUCACGCUGAUGAUUACGUGGAUGAAAGAAUUGCACUUGUUGGAGACGCUGCUCAUACGACGCACCCCUUAGCUGGACAGGGCCUCAAUAUGGGUCAGGCAGAUAUUCAAUCCUUGGUCAAGACACUCGAAACUGCUAGAGAAAGAGGCCUCGAUUACGGUACCAAGUUCGCUUUGGAACCCUACUUCAGUACCAGGUACCCUGCUAAUCACGUGAUGUUGGGUGUUGUGGACAAGAUCCACAAGAUCUACUCUGCCAAGUUCCCUCCCCUUGUUUGGGCUCGAUCUUUGGGUGUUAACGUUCUAAACAACCUUCCCUUGCUGAAAGAUCUAAUAGUUGGUCAGGUUAGUCAUAGAAAGAUGCCAUAA